UCAAUAGAUGGCUUGAAAAUCCCUUUUUUCAAAAGCAAAAGCUCCGCGCAAUCUCAAUCUCUCUCUUUCUCUCUCUCUCUUCGAUUUCAAAAAGUUGCUCUCAAUACACGCCACCCCCUUCCAAAAGCAGCCACCGCCCACCACCAACCUCCGCCACCAGAGAGACUUCCAAUUCCACAGCCGCAGAAACCCUAAAUUUAAUCGAUCUUUGAUCAUUUCUUUUCGAUUAUUUUGAAACCCUGAUCAUAGAAGAUCAAAAGAUUCAUUUUUUUUUUCUUUCUGAAUUAUAACUAUGGCUGGUUAUGACGAUCGAUACGGAUUAUCUGACAAUCCAAAACCAUCGGUUUUCAAUCGGUCCCUAACCUUGCAUGUAACGCCGAGCGAGUUUCGGAACAAACCCUACCCUCACUAUUCUCUCGAACGCAAUGGAUCGAUCAAGAAAAUUCAUUCACCGUUUGAAUCGGCCAAGAAUUCGAUCAAAGGAAAGGUGAGACAGCUCUGCAGCAUAUUCGAAUCCACCAAAUCCCCAACCUCGGUUCUAGACGGUUCACAACCGCAGACUCAGUUUCCAUCUCCGAGUAAAUUGAAAUCGGGAAAAUCAUUGGGUUUCGAUUCUUGGGUUUCUCCAUUGGUACCCAACUCUUCGAUUCGGUUACAGGGUACGGAAGAUCGAAUCGUUGUGUAUUUCACUAGUUUACGAGGAAUUCGUAGGACAUACGAAGAUUGCUAUGCUGUGAGGAUGAUAUUGAGGGGAUUUAGGGUUAUUGUUGACGAGCGUGAUAUUUCGAUGGAUUCGGCGUUUAGGAAAGAGUUGAUGAGCGUUUUGGGUGUAAAGAAUGUGACUUUGCCACAAGUGUUCAUUCGAGGGAGGUACAUUGGAGGGGCUGAUGUGAUCAAACAGCUCGACGAGGUCGGUGAUUUGGCCAAGAUGCUAAAGGGGCUUCCAAUUCGAGCUCCUGGGUACGUUUGCGGGGGAUGUGGGGAUGCGAGGUUCGUUCCCUGCUUGAAUUGCAAUGGAAGCAGGAAGGUUUAUGAUGAAGAUGAGGAACAGUUGAAGAGGUGUUUGGAAUGCAAUGAAAACGGGUUGAUUCGGUGCCCCACUUGCUGUUCUUGAUUGCAAUUUGCUCCCCUUCCAAUUGGGGCAUGUCUUCGGUGCGUAUGUUUUGCUGUUUUUGCUUGAUGGUUGUUGAAGACUUUUGCUACAAAAUUGAUGUUACUGUCUACCUAUGGUUUGGAUUCAAAAUCUCAUUGGAGUGAGUGGAGUUUGUAGUUUUGUUGUCCGGGGGAUUAUAUUUUGAUCCUCUCUCUGAUCAACAUAACUAAAUAAAAAGUGUGUUUUUUAGCUGUAACAGCUUCUUGUAUAUAUGGUUUCCAAAACAUCAUACUUUGGAGUGUUUCUCCAUCGUUGUGGAUUGUAAAUUUGCUUCCCUAUAUAUGUAGUUGUAUUUGUUAUAAAAAUGUACAAAUGAUUCCUAUGUUUGUGCAGCAUGUGAUUUGCUGCCCAUGUUGAAAUUUGGUGAAUAAUGUAACUCUUAAUGCAGCAAAUGCUGUGACAUAUGUCUACCUACAGGUUUUUGGUUUAAGGUUUUCUAAUUGCUAAGCAAUUUAUAAA